CGUUGACCAAUCCGGGGCCUCAACGGCGGAUAAGAAGAGCCUUCGCUUUUGAAUUAGUGUGCCAUUUGCUCUCCUCCUUCCUCGUGGUUGCGGAUUCCAUCUGGGAAAAGAUACUUCGAAAGGGACCUCGGACUCGGAAAGAUGUGCGAGAAGCUGCCGGAGACCGUAAAUUUCCCGAAGGAGGAGGAGGCGGUGCAGAAGCUGUGGAAGGAUCUGGACGUGUUUCAGACCAGCCUCCACCUGUCGAAGAACCGGCCUAGGUACACGUUUUACGAUGGCCCGCCGUUCGCCACCGGUUUGCCGCAUUACGGCCACAUUCUCGCCGGCACCAUAAAGGACAUCGUGACGAGGUACGCGCAUCAAAGCGGCUUUUACGUGGAGCGUCGAUUCGGCUGGGAUACGCACGGAUUGCCGGUAGAAUACGAGAUAGAUAAGAUGCUCGAUAUUCGUGGGCCCGAUGAUGUUGCAAAAAUGGGUAUCGCGGCGUACAACAAUGAAUGCCGCAAGAUCAUCAUGAAGUAUUCCAAGGAAUGGGAGAUAAUCAUCAGCAGGAUGGGCCGGUGGAUAGACUUCAAGAACGACUACAAGACCAUGUAUCCGUGGUACAUGGAGUCGAUCUGGUGGGUAUUCAAGGAGCUGUACAACAUGGGCCUGGUCUAUCAAGGUGUCAAAGUGAUGCCCUAUUCGACGGCUUGCAACACGCCGCUGUCGAACUUCGAGGCCAGUCAGAAUUACAAGGACGUCACCGACCCGUCCGUGAUCGUGGCCUUCCCUUUACUGGACGAGCCGGGUGUGUCGAUCCUGGCCUGGACGACGACCCCGUGGACGUUACCCAGCAACCUGGCGCUCUGCGCCAACCCCACCUUCGAAUACGCGGAGGUGAGAGACAACGCGUCCGGUAAGGUUUACAUCCUACUGGAGGCUCAGUUGGGACUCGUCUUCAACUCGCAAGACCUGUACACGGUGCAGGGCAAGAGAAACGGCGCGGACUUGAAAGGGAAGGCUUACGAGCCGCUGUUCCCCUAUUACGCCGAUCUCAGGAAGGAGGGCGCCUUCCGAGUGUUGAACGACACGUACGUGACCGCGGAGACCGGGACCGGUAUCGUCCACCAGGCGCCGUACUUCGGCGAGGACGAUUACCGGUGCUGCUUAGAGGCGGGUAUCAUCACGAAGCACCAGGAGGCGGUGUGCCCCGUCGACAGCCGCGGCUGCUUCGUCGAGCCGGUGCACGACUUCCUCGGCAAGUACGUGAAGGACGCGGACAAAGAGAUCAUAAAGCACCUCCGGUCGGAGAAGAAGCUGCUCGUAAGCGGCAACAUCAAGCACAACUACCCGUUCUGCUGGCGGUCCGACACGCCGUUGAUCUACAAAGCCGUGCCCUCGUGGUUCGUCAAGGUGGAGCACAUGAGGGAGAAACUACUGGAGGCGAACAGCGCCACCUACUGGGUGCCGGGGAACGUGAAGGACAAGCGAUUCGGCAACUGGCUGCGCGAAGCGCGCGACUGGGCCAUCAGUCGCAAUCGUUACUGGGGCAACCCCAUCCCGCUGUGGAUCUCCGAGGACAAGCGAGAGAUCGUGUGCGUCGGCAGCAUCGCCGAGCUGGAGGCGCUGACGGGCGCGAAGGUGACGGACCUCCACCGGGAGAACAUAGACCACCUGACGAUACCGUCGAGGCGGGCGGGCCAGCCGCCUCUGCGCCGCUUGCCCGAGGUCUUCGACUGCUGGUUCGAGUCCGGUUCGAUGCCGUACGCCCACGUGCACUACCCGUUCGAGGGUCGCGAGGACUUCUUCCGCCGGUGCUUCCCGGCGGACUUCAUCGCCGAGGGGAUCGACCAGACCCGCGGCUGGUUCUACACGCUCCUCGUGGUGUCGACCGCGCUGUUCGGCAAAACGCCGUUCAGGAACCUCGUGGCGAACGGCUUGGUGCUCGCGUCCGACGGGCAGAAGAUGUCGAAGCGCAAGAAGAACUAUCCGAACCCGAUGGACGUCGUGGAGAAGUACGGCGCGGACGCGCUGCGUCUCUACCUCAUCAACUCGCCGGUCGUCCGCGCGGAGAACCUCCGCUUCAAGGAGGAGGGGGUGCGGGACAUGAUAAAGGACGUCUUCCUGCCGUGGUACAACGCGUUCCGCUUCCUCAUGCAGAACCUGGAGCGCUUCGAGAAGGAGGAGCGCGCCUCCUUCGUCUUCGACGCCGCCGAGUUUCGCUCCGAGAACAAAAUGGACAGGUGGAUAGUGUCAUUCACGCAGACGCUGCUGGGCUUCCUCAAGUGUGAGAUGCACGCUUACAGACUGUACACCGUGGUGCCCCACCUGAUCAAGUACAUCGACAACCUCACCAACUGGUACGUGCGGAUGAACAGGAAGCGCGUGAAGGGCGAGACCGGCGCCGACGACUGCCGGAACGCCUUGAACACCCUCUUCCUGGUGGUCUACACGAUGGUGAGGACGAACGCGCCGUUCACGCCCUUCCUCACGGAAUCCAUGUUCCAGCGUCUGUCCAAGAGGCUACCGCCGUCCGGGGAGAACAUGGACAGCGUGCACUAUCAGAUGAUACCGGAGCCGGUGCCGCGCUUGAUCGACGAGAAGAUCGAGAAGGCCGUGUCGCACAUGCAGACGAUAAUCGAGCUGGGACGCGUGGUGCGGGACAGGAAGACCGUGCCCACCAAGUAUCCCCUGCCGGAGAUCGUGGUGAUCCAUCAGGACCCGGAGGUGCUGCGCGACGUCGUCUCGCUGGAGUCGUACAUCCUCGGCGAGCUGAACGUGAGGAAACUUACGACCACCACGGACAAGGAGAGGUACGGGGUGACGUUGCGAGCCGAGCCGGACCACAAGAGUCUCGGGGCGCGGCUGAAGGGGGAGUUCAAGCGGGUCGCACAGGCGAUCAAGGAGCUGUCGGACGAGCGGCUGCGCACCUUCGUCGACACGAAGGAGAUCGUCGUCGAGGGCCACGUGCUGGAGCCGUCCGAGCUCCGGCUCAUGUUCAGCUUCACCGGCCCGGCCGCCGAGGAGCUCUCGAAACGCUACGAGGCGCACAGCGAGGGCAACGUACUGAUCCUCCUGGACGUCACCCCGGACGAGGAGAUGCGGAACGAGGGUGUGGCGCGAGAGGUGAUCAAUCGGGUGCAGAAGCUGCGGAAGAAGGCGCAGAUGGUGCCCACGGACGACGCGACCGCCUACUAUGAGAUCGGGGAAGCGGACAGCAAUCUGGCGAAGGUGGUGGUCAGCUACAAGGAGUUCAUCGAGAACGUCACGAGGACGCCGCAGAGGGACAUCGGGCAGCUACCGUCCGACGCAGUCGUCAUCCUCGAGGAGAUGCAGAAGAUCAAGGGGGUGGACAUGAAACUCGUGCUGGUGAGAAGCGAACCGAAGUCCCCGCCGGAGGACGGAUCGACGCGGCCCUUCGCCGGUUACGUCAAUCUGCAGCUGGUGAACAUAGAGCCGAGGUUCGGCGCGACCGCCCACCGCGCCACGGUCCUCCUCGACACCCCCGAGGCUUCCGGGCCCAUCACGUACGAGCGUCUGAAACGAGAGGUCGAGCUCAUAUUCGGUAUCUACGGUCUCCCCUACGACCUGUACUUGAAUAACGAAUUGAUCACCGAGGCGAGUGACACGCCGGUGCCGGCCGAAACGUUCGACGGACGAACGCUCAAGGUGGUGAGGCCGGGCACUUCGCCGGCCGGCGGCGAAGACACGCGCACCGCCGUCUGCGAUUUCGUCAACGUGAAGAACGGCACGACGACGGGGAGCGUGCUCUUGGAGAAUCCUAAGGGCGACUUCAUUUUGAGCGACGCGAGGCUCAAACGACAGUUGGGCUCGUUGCUCGACGACUCGGACCUCGCUCUGCCCUGCCGCGCGACGCCGACGAAUCACCUGCGCGGCCGAACGUUGGAGUUUUAGCGGCUCGAGUUGAAAGUUGAAUCGUUUUUCUUUUUUUCCUUUUUUUUUUUUUGCCGGUUCCUCGAACAAUCGCAUCGUCGAGAAGGAUGUGAAGAAAUACGCGAGCAUCUUGUGAAGAUACAUUAUUGUUAUCGCAUUUUGUAACGCGCGUUUUGAGUUUCUAAGAGAGGGAAACGGAGUAUUUUUAACUAUCGAGUCGGGAAAUAUCUAAGAAUAAAAAAGAAAAGAACUCGGGAUAUACAUUUUUCGUUCCAGUUUCGCAAUGGUUCUCUGACUAACAGGUAUAUGUAGGUGAGUAUAUAAAGAUAUAUAUAUAUUUUGCUGCGAGGAAAGUAGCGAUUAAUAUUUAAACAUUAUUUAUCGCAAAGUUACCGCAUUUAUUUAAUACAAGAUCAAGGUUAAUAUAUGGAUAUAUAUGUAUUGGACAUUUUGCUGUCUUUGUAUUGAGAAAGAAAAAGGGAAAGAUUAAUCGUCACUUUGAUAUUAAGUUGCUUUUGGGAUUUUGUCACCGUAUUUAUUUCUUUCUAUACUUUUGGAAUUUUAUCACUGUAUUUAUUUCUUUCUAUGCAUUCUUUUGAUAUUUAUAUCCUUCAGAUCGCUCUCGACUAUUGUAAAGCGUAAUUUUUGCCUCUCGAUGUCUCCUUAAAAUUUAACGAAAAUUUGCAGUUACUUCAUUUCUCCUCUUUAUUAAUAUUUACGAAAUCUUAUCACGUCUUAUCAAUCUUAUCACGUACUUAUACGAUGUACAUACUUAUAAUACAACCGUAUUUAUUUCUAAGAAGUAGGAAGAGCACGUGAUAAAAGCAUUAAAUAAAUUAGACGUUUAUUGACAUCGGAUAAAAACAAUUGGCAUAUAUUUAUUGUGAGCUAACUUGAAUAGAAAUUAUAUAGCACACUGAGCGCGAUAAAAAGAGAGAGAGAGAGAGAGAGAGAGACAAUAAUAUGUACCGCCACUUCCCCCAUCUUGACUAUAUUAUAAACAUCUAUGAAAAAUCUUAUUCAUGUUUUAUACUUAUUUCGAAAUCUAAUUCGUUAUAGACGCGUUGACGCAUUAUAUAUAUCAUUUUCUCUUUACAUACAAAUUGUACAACACAAAUAAAUAAUAUUUCGAGCUUGCAUUAGACGUAGGUCGUAGAUAAUUUAAUUCCCUUUCCCCUUCGAUUUUUUUUUUAUUUAUUUAAAUGCAACUCCACAUUACCGGCAAUUACAAUUUCUCAGCUCAUUAGACGUAACUGCCCGAAUCUUUACGAUGCUUAAAUAUGUGUGUGUGUGUGUGUGUGUGUGUGUGUGUGUGUGUAUUUGUAAAAUAAUUCCAUUAAACUCGGCAAAUCUCAAACAAUCGUAAUAUAUAUUUGCAGUAUCAUUUGAUAACAUUUCACCGAAUGUUAAACAACGUACUAUACAAAAUUUAAAGGAAAAAAAAA